AUGUCAAUGCAGAGGAUUGUCCGCGUGUCCCUGGAGCACCCCACCAGCGCCGUGUGUGUGGCUGGCGUCGAGACCCUCGUGGAUAUUUAUGGGUCGGUACCUGAGGGCACAGAGAUGUUUGAGGUCUACGGGACCCCGGGUGUGGACAUCUACAUCUCUCCUAGCGUGGAGAGGGGCCGGGAGCGCGCAGACACCAGGCGGUGGCACUUUGAUACGGCGUUGGAGAUCAUCGUGGUCAUGAACUCGCCCAGCAAUGACCUCAAUGACAGUCAUGUUCAGAUUUCCUACCACUCCAGCCAGCAAACCCUCCCGCUGGCCUAUGCGGUGCUUUACCUCACCUGUGUUGACAUCGCUCUGGAUUGCGACCUGAACUGUGAGGACAGACAGAACGGCUUUGUGGACAAGCGGCAGUGGGUCUGGGGACCCAAUGGAUACGGAGCCAUCUUGCUGGUGAACUGUGACAGGGAUGAUCGGAACUGUUAUGACCAGGACAACUGUGACCAGCACGUGAAGUGCCUGCAAGACCUGGAAGACAUGUCGGUCAUGGUCCUGCGGACCCAAGGCCCCGCCGCCCUCUUCGACAACCACAAACUCAUCCUCCACACCUCCGGCUAUGACGCCAAGUGGGCACGGGUCUUCCACGCCUGUGGUCCCGAGGACUCGUGCGAGGCCUACAGGUACGUGCUGGGCCAGAACAAGGUGUCCUACGAGGUGCCCCGUUUCCAUGGCGACGAGGAGCGCUUCUUCGUGGAGGGCCUGUCAUUCCCUGACGCCAGCUUCACGGGGCUUGUGUCCUUCCACGUCACCCUGUUGGACAACUCCAACGAGGAUUUCUCCGAGACCCCGAUCUUCACGGACACCGUGGUGUUCCGCGUGGCGCCCUGGAUUAUGACGCCCAGCACCCUGCCGCCCCUCGAGGUAUACGUGUGCCGGGUGAAGAACAACACGGGUUUUGUGGACGCGGUGGCGAAGCUGGCCCGGCAGGCCGGCUGUAAGCUGACCGUCUGCCCUCAGGAUGAGAACCGCAAUGACCGUUGGAUCCAGGAUGAGAUGGAACUGGGCUAUGUUCAGGCGCCACACAAGACCUUCCCGGUGGUCUUCGACUCCCCCAGGAACGGAGAACUGCAAGAUUUCCCUUACAAAAGGAUCCUGGGUCCAGAUUUCGGCUACGUGACUCGGGAACCACAAGACAGCUCUGUGAGUGGCCUGGACUCCUUUGGGAACCUGGAGGUCAGCCCCCCAGUGGUGGCCAAUGGGAAAGAGUACCCCCUGGGGAGGAUUCUCAUCGGGGGCAACCUGCCUGGGUCCCGUGGCCGCCGGGUCACGCAGGUGGUGCGGAAUUUCCUCCACGCGCAGAGGGUGCAGCCCCCAGUGGAGCUCUUUGUGGACUGGCUGGUCGUGGGCCACGUGGAUGAGUUUCUGAGCUUCGUCCCUGCCCCCGAUGGGAAGGGCUUCCGGAUGCUCCUGGCCAGUCCUGGCGCCUGCUUCAAGCUCUUCCAGGAGAAGCAGAAGUGGGGCCACGGCAGGGCCCUCCUGUUUGAAGGCGUUGUCGGUAAUAAGAAGGUCAGCACCAUCUCCAUCAACCAGGUCCUCUCCAACGUCAACCUCCUCAGCUACAAUAAGUUCGUGCAGAGCUGCAUCGACUGGAACCGGGAGGUGCUGAAGCGGGAGCUGGGCCUGGCCGAGCGGGACAUCAUCGACAUCCCUCAGCUCUUCAAGACUGAGAGGAAAAAGGCAGCGGCCUUCUUUCCUGACCUGGUGAACAUGCUGGUACUGGGAAAGCACCUGGGCAUCCCCAAGCCCUUCGGGCCCAUCAUCAACGGGCGCUGCUGCCUGGAGGAGAAGGUGCGGUCCCUGCUGGAGCCGCUGGGCCUCCACUGCACCUUCAUCGACGACUUCACCCCAUACCACAUGCUGCACGGGGAGGUGCACUGCGGCACCAACGUGCGCAGGCAGCCCUUCUCCUUCAAGUGGUGGAAUAUGGUUCCCUGA